UGGGUGUGUAUGUCUACAAUAGGAGACUACGGAUAUUAUGACUCGGAUGGAAACCUGUAUAUUACUGACAGAAUAAAAGAAAUGAUCAAGACGGAAUUCCACCAAGUUUCUCCAACAGAAAUUGAGUCAUUGUUGUGCAGUCAUCCUGCUGUUGAUGACGCUGCUGUAAUUGGAAUAGUGGAUUCUUCCUUGGAGGAAGUUCCACGUGGCUAUGUAGUGUUGAAACAAGGUUGUAAAGUGGAGCUAGCAGAACUUAUUCAGUUCGUGUCAGAUCGUGUAUCGCAUUACAAACGCCUCAGAGGAGGACUGGAAGUCUUGGACCAAAUUCCUCGAUCUCAAAUGGGAAAAAUCCAACGUAAAUUAUUACAGGAACGUUACUACCAAACCUAUAAAUAAAUAAAUAACUCCUGGGAUUGUCGUCUUCAAAAAUUUUGUCUCCUAUUCCAUCAAUGACAAUGUUGAAAACUAGCGAUUAAUAUUUUGGUUUGCCGAUUGAGCUACAAUAUUCACAAUAUCGUUUUUUGUUAUAAUUUCGUUUUUGUUCUUUUGUUUUCUACGUAAAAUUAAAUGUAUAAUUUUACGUAUAAAACAAAAGAAUAAAAACGAAAUUUCUCCAACGUACUUACUGAAUAUCCUCGUUUAGCUUCUUAGAAAUCAAUAUAAACGCUGUUCUUGAUCUAAGUAAUGUUAAUGCUAUAAUAAUGUUAAAUCAUAAUAUUUCUACAGAUAUAAAAUAAAUUUAGGCGUAAUGUUCUCUCGGACAUUCCAUAAUCACAAUAAUAUAAAAGCAUUUUCUAUGUCUAAGAUAUUUGGUGAUCAUAUCGUCAUAUGUCACCUGCACUUUACUUCAUAUAUUUCGCAAUCAGAUCAAUUAUAAUACCUUCAUGUUGGUUCAGAUAUUUGACAAUCAGAUCGACAUGUAAUAGCUAUACUUUUAUUGGGAUAUUUUGUGAAUCAGAACAACAUAUAUUACCUGCAAUUUGAUUCAAAUGUGUAGUAAUUAGAUCGACAUAAUAAAGACUUUACU